GCGGGGGGCCCCCGCACCGAUCACGGAUUCCGUGGCAGCGGGGCCGCGGCGACGUUCCCCAUGAGGAGGCUGGAAGAUGCCGACGUCGCCCGCGCCGCUGCUGCUGCUGAUCGUCGGCUUCGCCCGCCUGAGCCUGCAGGUGCUGUCGUCACUGCGCAUGGCUGCGAUCCUGGACGAUCAGACGGUAUGUGGGCGCGGGGAGCGGCUGGCCCUGGCCCUGGCCCGGGAGCAGAUCAACAGCAUCAUCGAGGUGCCGGCUAAGGCCCGCGUGGAGGUCGAAAUCUUCGAACUGCAGCGCGACAGCCAGUACGAGACCACUGACACCA